AUGAAUAACUUUGAAGAAAAAGCACACCACACACACACAUUCCUGUCGUGCUGUCCAGCUGCAUCGGUCUUCAGCAGGGGAGAGUCUACCGCAGUAGCUAGCUGGACAACUCUGACGGUGAUGUGCUGGGCCAUGAUGGCCGCUCCGGAGGAAACGCUCCCGCUGAGGGUGAGCGUCAACGGUGACGGUCCCGGGAACCACGACGGGCACCACGGGAAGAAGGUGGCCCUGGGAGCGACCGUCGUCUACCUUUUGGUCUUCGCGUUGAUAUGUUUCCCAGCCGUGGUCCCCCUGUGGCACCCCACCUACUACGCCGAGCUUGGUACCGAGCAGAGGGGUUGGACCUGGCUCGGCGCCAACGCCCUCUGGCUCGCGCUGGCCCUGCUGUGGAUCCUCCUGCACCUGGACAACGGGCCGUGCGUCGCCACAGCCUGCCUCCUCUGCUCCGUCCUAUGGUUCUACCUCAGCCUCGUGCUCCUCUCCCAGGCGUGUAGGGGGCAGUUGCCGCUCAUGGCCAUCGCGGACGCGCUCGUGCACUUGACCAUGCUGGUCGUGUGCUUCCGGGCGGCCUGGGUAGGCGUGGCCAAGAAGUCGCAGAAGGCGAGGUCCGAUGGCAGCUCCACGUGGAGACGGGUGCUUCGAAAGUGGGCGCUGGUGUCCGCUAGCGCCACUCUUUUCGCCGCUUUCCUGGGAUGCUGCUCGAGCAAUCUUCCGCUGAUCCCGCCGGUUUCGCGGAGAGAGUCAGCCCCCUGGGAAUGGAACUCCGCCAUACUCUUCGUCAUGACCCUGGCGGUUCUCUGGGCGGCGUUCCUCACGCGGGGCGGGCUCGUUGACGAGACGAAGCGGGCAGCGUGCGCCUGGAUUGCCCUAUCCUUUUCCGGCAGCUUCGUGCUGUGCUCAUUCUCCUGGCAAGCGCUUGGGCUGGACGCGCGCAGCGUUGCCACGUCGGUGGUUCUUGCCGUAGAAACCGCCGUCCUGGCGGUGGCCGCUGUGGUUUGACCGUAAACAAGGAGGAGUCAGCGUGCAAAAAGUGAUGGUGGUACAUACAUGAUGUACUUCGAAGCAUUGAGCCCGCGAUGGAAGGGUGCCACGUUUGGCACGUAACCGAGGUGUUGGUGUCGACGAUCGUUCUUACCGUUAGGCGAAGGCGAGCUGCUGGGGUAGUUUGUUCCCGGUAAAGCACUAGCCCACGCCGUGUGAUGUAUAGAACCCCAGGCGGGUGUCGUUUUGGUGUUUUGUUGUCAUUGUCGUAUUCAAACGGGCACGUGAGCGGGGGGCACGCAGGAGAAAGGCCACACAGAAGAGUGUUUUUUUUUCUCUCCACCGUUCCACGCACCCCGGUGUUUGCCAUCAGGGUUGGGUUUUCGUCG